AAUCAGACACUCAUUUGCUUCGGAUGUACGAAUCGCGCUGCUUGUGUAGUUUCCAGCUGACGUCACGAUAAAUCCACUUGGUUCAAGGUGCUCCGGGUAAAACCUGACAGUGUUGGUUGUACAGAUUAUUUCGUGUGGUCAUCUCUUGUUCCAACGACAGGAAGAAGAAUUAGAAUGUUUUAUAACAGAUCACUCAUUCUUUUGAUUGUAAUUUUUUCUUAUACCAGUGCUCAAGGAAAAACUAAAGAUGAGUUAAUUAAAGACUUGUACGGAACUAAUGAAAAUAGUACUCCUGAAAAUAAACCUGUAACAAGCAGAACUCCAAAUUUGCAACCCGACACAAGUGGUGGUUCUGGAGGAAUUCCUGGAACGGGUUCUUGUACCUGCGUUCCUUAUUAUCUCUGUAGCAAUGGUUCAGUCAAUACGAACGGAGAAGGAAUUAUUGACAUAAGAAUCAAUGAAGGCCCUUGCGAGAACUACAUCGACGUUUGCUGCGACAAAGGCAACGAAGUCGAAAAACCCAUAACCCCAACUCCUCCACCCAUAAAACGAACCGGUUGUGGGCACCACAACCCAGACGGCAUCGGCUUCCGGAUAACUGGAAACACGGAAAACGAAGCUUCGUAUGGGGAAUUCCCCUGGAUGGUUGCAGUCCUCCGCGAGGAAACCAUCGAGGGCAAUCCUCAAAAACUCAACGUUUAUCAAUGUGGAGGUGCGCUUAUACACACCCAGGUGGUUGUAACCGCCGCACAUUGCGUCACCGGAAAAAAAGUUUUUAAAAUCCGGGCUGGAGAAUGGGAUACUCAAACGAAAAAAGAACUCUACCCCCAUCAAGACAGGGAGGUCGAGUCUGUCGUGAUUCACCCGGAGUUUUACGCUGGGGCUUUGUACAAUGACGUCGCUUUGUUGUUUCUGAAAACUCCGGUUGAUAUCGCCGAUAAUGUCAAUGUUGUUUGCUUGCCUCCUCAAGGGGUGAAUGUUGACCAUUCGAGGUGUUAUGCGAGUGGUUGGGGGAAGGACGUAUUUGGGAAAGAAGGGAGGUAUCAGGUGAUUUUGAAGAAAAUUGAUUUGCCGGUGGUUCCGAGAGAUAAGUGUCAGGAAGCUUUAAGGAAGACAAGGUUAGGGAAACACUUCGAAUUGCACAAAAGUUUUAUUUGUGCCGGAGGCGAGCCGAAGAAAGACACUUGCAAAGGUGACGGUGGUAGUCCUUUAGUUUGCCCAAUUCCGGGUGAAAGUGAGAAGUACCAACAAGCCGGAAUCGUGGCGUGGGGCAUUGGAUGUGGAGAAGACAACACUCCAGGAGUUUACGUCAAUUUAGCUCUCUUCAGAAAGUGGAUAGAUCAACAAAUAAAACUCAAAAACUUGGAUACUUCAGUUUACGAAUAUUAAAAUUUUAUUGUAUCGUCUUUAAUAAAGUAUUUUGUAAUA